AUGGAAACCAUCCUACAUAGUAAAGCUCUUCUGGGCUGUCUUCUGCUUCUAGCCUCUGUCGCUGUAGCAAUCAAAGAUGGCACAUCGUCGGAUGCUUGUGAUUACCCUGGCCUCGCAGUCGCCUUGUCCACUAAAGACGCGGUCAUUUGUAAUGCUGUGUUCCUAUCUAGCAAUCAGUUUAUUGUCCCAGAAAUCUGUGGAGCAGCAAUGAACACAUUUCUUAAGAAGAGUGCCCUGAAACUAUCGUAUAACCAAGCUCCUGUGAACAUCACUAUACCAGUAGGAACAUCAGGUGUUCUCGGAGACGGCGUAUACAGCUUCACUCUGGAUACACCUAUACAAAACAGUUGCAGUAAUGUAGCUAGGGUGUAUGACAGUAAAACGAUGACCCUCGACCUAACGACAUGUCAGGUUGUUGGUUAUGGCGCCGCCACAUCGUCAUCAAAAAUUUUUGACGGAGUUCUGAACGCAGCCGCGGUGAACAAAAGUACCAGCAGCUCUUGCUGCCUCGCAAUCUGGGACUCACUGACCAAGACAGAAAAAGGAACCACCUAUAAAGACGCUUCUUACAACUGCCUGACGUCAACGGGCGCAACUUGCGGGACUGGAGAUGUAGGCGCCCCUGUUUACUGUAAAACAGACAGCGGAGAAAGAGUGUUGACUGCCUUGACAUCAUCCACACCAUGUGUCAGUGGCGGCAUGUUUCUAGCACACGACUUGACCGCAGGGGCCACCGACUUCAAGUUCGGGUACUAACAGAGCAUUCCUACUGUUACUAUACAGUCAUCACUGAAAGGCUGGAAUCAGAUUCACUGCGAUUUUCAUUCACGUGAACUAUAGCUACCAUUAUAACAAUAUUUAAUAAAAUAAAGCCCUUGUAUUUUCUUUUUUA